AGGAUCUCCUGCCUUGCUCUUUAGCUACCUUUUAGCAUGGCUGUAGAAGUUGUUUAUGGUUAACUCUCUGCUGAUAAAACCUGUAUUUCUGUUCUCAGAGCUGAGUUAGUCCCCGCAGCGCUGUGCCGCCAUGGCGCACAGAUACCUCCGCCUUUCCAGAGGCUGUCGGAGCCUCUCCGGCCUUUUCUUAUCCGGGUACAGAGCAGCGAACUGCGGGCGAGGGUUAUCUACUCAGAGAGAGACACUGCAGACUUUGGACAGAGGAGUAUUACUUUCACAAUUUUUAGGAGCUUACAGAAGAUUAACCUCCAAGCCUCCAAAAGGAUUUGAAAAGUAUUUCCCUAAGAACAGUGAGCCCAAACCACCUAGUGCAGAGGCCAAAGAGGCUAAACCAAACAAUGGCCAGAAGCCUAGUGGGAAAUCUGAUGGAGGAGGAGGAACAGCAGGAGGAGGAGGAGGUGGUGGUGGUGGGGGUGGAGGCGGAGGCGGAGGCAAAAGAGGAGGAAGGAAAGAUGACUCCAGCUGGUUCAGUCGUCUCCAAAAGGGUGAUAUCCCGUGGGAGGACAAGGACUUUCGUAUUCUUGUGCUGAGUAAUGUUGCCUUCUGGUCAACAUUCUCUUACUUUUUGUUCUUUCGGGAAGGAUCGAAAGAAGUCACCUGGAAAGACUUUGUCAAUGGCUACCUGGCUAAAGGAAAUGUUGACAGGUUGGAGGUUGUGAACAAGCGUUUUGUGAAAGUAAUUUUCCCUCCAGGGAAAGCACCAGUUGAGGGGUACGUUUGGUUCAACAUUGGCAGUGUGGACACGUUCGAGCGGAAUUUAGAGACCGCUCAGCAGGAGUUGGGUAUUGAAGGGGAGAACAGACUGCCAGUUGUCUACGCCGCUGAGAGUGAUGGGUCUUUCCUCUUGAGCAUGUUGCCCACUGUACUGAUUAUUGGCUUCCUGCUCUUCAUGCUGCGGAGGGGAGCUGCAGGUGGUGGGCGGCCUGGCAGGGGCAUGGGUGGCCUGUUCAGUGUCAGUGAGACUACUGCCAAAGUGCUGCGAGACGAGAUAGACGUUAAAUUCAAGGAUGUUGCUGGCUGUGAGGAGGCCAAGCUGGAGAUCAUGGAGUUUGUGAACUUCCUGAAGAACCCAAAGCAAUACCAGGACCUGGGUGCCAAGAUCCCCAAAGGGGCCAUUCUGACUGGACCUCCUGGAACAGGAAAGACUCUACUAGCGAAGGCCACAGCAGGUGAAGCCAACGUCCCCUUUAUUACUGUGAACGGCUCCGAGUUCCUGGAGAUGUUUGUGGGUGUUGGGCCAGCCAGGGUUCGGGACCUUUUCGUUCUGGCUCGGAAGAACGCCCCCUGUAUCCUCUUCAUAGAUGAAAUCGAUGCUGUGGGAAGGAAGCGAGGCAGGGGCAAUUUUGGGGGACAGAGUGAGCAGGAGAACACACUAAACCAGUUGCUAGUGGAGAUGGACGGGUUCAAUACUGCCACCAAUGUUGUGGUCCUGGCUGGCACCAACAGGCCAGACAUCCUCGACCCAGCACUGAUGAGACCAGGACGCUUUGACAGGCAGAUAUACAUUGGUCCUCCUGAUAUCAAAGGCAGGGCCUCUAUUUUCAAAGUACAUCUGAGACCACUGAAGCUGGAUGCAGAACUGGACAAAGAGUCCUUAGCCAGGAAAAUGGCCGCUCUAACGCCUGGCUUUUCAGGUGCCGACAUUGCCAACGUGUGUAAUGAAGCAGCACUGAUAGCAGCUCGCCACCUAUCUGAUGCCAUCACCCAGAAACACUUUGAGCAGUCCAUCGAGCGUGUGAUCGGAGGCCUGGAAAAGAAGACGCAGGUGUUGCAGCCUGAGGAGAAGAAGACUGUAGCAUACCAUGAGGCAGGGCAUGCAGUAGCUGGGUGGUACCUAGAACAUGCAGACCCUUUACUAAAGGUGUCCAUCAUCCCUCGUGGAAAGGGCCUGGGCUAUGCUCAGUACCUCCCUAAAGAGCAGUACCUGUACACCAAGGAGCAACUGCUCGACAGGAUGUGUAUGACUCUGGGUGGACGUGUCGCUGAGCAAAUUUUCUUUGGAAGAAUCACCACUGGGGCACAAGAUGAUCUGAAGAAAGUGACUCAAAGUGCAUAUGCACAGAUUGUGCAGUUUGGAAUGAAUGAAAAAGUGGGCCAGGUGUCCUUUGAGAUGCCUCGACAGGGAGAGAUGGUCCUGGAGAAGCCCUACAGCGAGGCCACAGCCUUUCUGAUUGAUACAGAGGUUCGAGAUCUCAUUAACACCGCGUAUGAGCGUACGCUGAAACUGCUGUCGGAGAAGAAGCCAGAAGUGGAGAAGGUGGCACUGCGCCUGCUGGAGAAGGAGGUGCUGGACAAGAAUGACAUGUUGGAGCUUCUGGGCCAGCGACCGUUUGCAGAGAGGUCAACAUACGAAGAGUUUGUGGAGGGCACAGGUGGGAUGGAUGAGGACACCACGCUCCCUGAAGGUCUGAAGGACUGGAACAAGGAGCGCGGAAGUGAGAAGGAGGAGAGCACUGAUGAGCAGGUGGCUCGCCAGAUCAAAGGUGGCAUGCCUUUCUAGGGAGACUUUCUUUUACCGGAGACUAAGCACUUAUUGAAAGGAGAGGGAAGAGUUCAUAUAACGCUUGAGUCCUGCUCAGGAGAGAACACCGAAACAGAAGCAGAUCUCUCUGCAGGAAGGGCUGGUGAUAUGCCCUCGCUAAUCCAUACUGCUGCCCUCAACCAUUGCGGGUUUGUUUCUGUUGCACGGCUGAAUGCAGAGGUAUGUGGUGAAACAGUGCUUUGUGGAAAGGCAUUUGUUGCACCAGCUCUGUGUCCGGCCAGGUCAGUGAACUCCAGGCUGAAGGUGAGGUUGGGUUUGAUUGGAGACAUCGCUGCUUAGCUUCAAAUCCAUUUUUACCCAUAAAGCUUACCCGCAAAUGCUGUAGUCCGAAUUUUGAUGACCAAGAAGAGUACAGAGGAUGUAUGUGAAUCUCCUUUAAGUUAAAAGUGCAUAUACAUUUAAAUUAAAAUUAAGUUCAGUAUUUCUGAUUGUUUUCAGUAAUUAUUUUCUUUUCUGAAGGUGUCACACGUACUUACUUACACGUCAUACUUGUUCUAAGUAUUAUAAGUCCUAUCUCUGUACAUUAGAUUCAUAAUUUAAGUAUAUUAAAGAAGAACUUUUGUGGUUUGCAUUGGAAAGGCAAAAUGCAAUGUUUAUAUUGCUGUUAAUUCACCAGAUUUUACAAUUGGACACUAGAAAGAGAAUGAAAUCCAUCUUAUUAAUAUACUAUUGUUGGAAUACUUGGCAAAUAUGGGGUUUUAAUUACUUUCCAAUUUUUUUAUUAUAAUCUAUGAAUCCCAGUCACUAUCUAUUCAAUCUGAAAACGAAAAUUGACCUUAAAACCUAACGAUAUAAUCAGUAGUCCGAAGCCUUUUCUUAGAGUGCUCUGUUUUUGAGAUACUGUUUUUCUGUUCCCUCUCCUUCUAACAUAAUGAAAUAUGUUCUUCUGCAGCGACAAAUUCGUAGUAUCUUGGGUGCCAGUGCACCUACUGUAUAACAUGUAUAUUUAUAUAUCAAUAUGUCUCUUCGGGAUAAUCUGCUAAGACCAACUGCCUCCCAGCUCCAAGCCUAAAUCAACUCUUAUGGAUGUAUUCCCUCCUGUCACUCUCAAAACAUUAUUGAUUGACUUCCUUAAUUACGAGCACUGAUUUUAUUGCAGUUAACAGAAUAUAAUUCCUAUGGCGUGCAAAAGACCUCAGGGACACACACAGAUGAACAGUGUGUUCUCUUGUUUUAGUCUAGAAUGCCAGUAAGCAUCUCCAGGUUCAUAAUUUAUUCAACAGUACAGAGCCUAAUGUGGUGCACACAAGCCUUGUAAUUCUGAGUACAUCAGACGACAGCGUCCCACUCCAGUCUAUCUAAUAUCCGGCACUUCCGGAGCUGUUCUGGCAAUCUGGAUUCUGCAAUAUUCAGUGUAAAUGUUGUUUGUGAAAAAUGGUUUUGAAUGUACAAAUAAAUGUGUAUUACAUUUA